AUGGGUGGACAGCCACAUUGCAAACAGACUGAGGAACAUGGCACCAAUGUCGGUGAGCAAGUGGGCGGCAUCAGUCAUAAUGGCCAGCGAGUUGGACAGGUAUCCUCCAACAAUCUCACCAACCAUGAAUAUGGUGGUCAGGACGAGUGCCAGCAUCAGGGCGUAGCGGGCCUUCUUCUUCUUGUCCAUCUCUUUGAUGGCUUCAUCGCCAGUCAGCAGGCCGUGGACUUCUCCACCACCGUGGCUGUGGCCAUGGUCGCCGCCGGGGUGGCUGUGUCCGUGGUGGUCGUCCUCCUCCUCGAUACUCUCGGACAGGAUGGCACUUCCUGGCUUGGGCGACUCUCCGCCGUGGCUGUGGCCGUGGGCUCCGUGGUCAUGGCCAUGGCCAUGUCCAUGCUUCUCCUUAUGUUUAUGCUCCUUAUGCUCCUUAUGCUCCUUGUGCUCCUUGUGCUCAUGGUCAUGGUCCUCCUUAUGCUUGUGGUCAUGGUCGUGGUCAUGGUCCUUAUGCUUAUGCUCCUUAUGCUCCUUAUGUUUGUGAUCCUUAUUCUUAUGGGAAUGGCUAUGUCCGUGGGCACCGUGGUCAUGGUCAUGAUGGUCUUGGUCAUGCUCUAUAUUAUUACUAAUGCUCGAUUGGCCAGGGGAGGGUUCUCCGUCUGA